CAGCAUGCAAAACGACGCAUUCUCGAGGAUCAACUGACUCGUCUUCUAGUUGUUGGCAGGAUAUCGAAAGUGGAGAAGGAGCUUGCCGAGCUUGUCUACCCAGGUGAAGAAAAGGACGUGAUCUAUCGAGAGCGUGACGAACGUGACGAGUCUAGUUUGGAGAAAGCACGUCUCAAAGGGCAACUGGAAGAGAUUAGUGAUGCCAUGACAGCGCUUUCCAGCAAGGAGAUGAAGCAAGCAGAAAGUCUUUACCAUGAAGUUGUCGUGAGCAAGAUUGUCACACAGGAGAUGAUUUCGGAUUUGGAGAAGUACAUGCAGUGCCUUGACAGCUCCAUCAUUCAGAUUUCACUAGUAUCAGAGUGUGCAGCAACUACGGAAAAAAGAAAAGUCUAUGACUAUCGCGUUGUGAUGGUGAUAAAAAAUGGAGUGGAGCUGGACAUGAGGGAUCGUUGUAGUGCUGGGCAAAAAAUGCUGGCAUGUAUCCUUAUUCGUAUCGCAUUGGCUGAUGUUUUUGGAGGGGCUUGCUCGAUAAUUGCACUCGAUGAGCCAACGACGAAUCUUGAUGCACUAAAGGUAGAUCACAUCGCUGGAAUGUUGAAUAAUCUGAUUGCUGUUCGCAGGAGAGGCGACCGCAAUAGGCAGUUUCAGAUGAUUGUUAUAACGCACGAUGACCAUCUGGUUGGUAAACUGAUGAUUAUUGGAUCGAAGCCUGAGUUUAUAUACAUACUCGGAAAAGACAACAACGGCGUGUCUCACAUCAGACGGCGACAGUAUUCUGACGGACGUUCCGAAGAGGCGAACUUAGCAGCAAUUGAACAAUGA